GCAAACCAUGUGCCUCCGAUCCCCAACAGCUUCAAAGCCUUUAUAACUCCCAAGUACUUUCUGCAACUCCAUCUUCUACAGCGAUCAUCCUUCCCUUUUCUCUCUAUGGACUCCGGCGAUAGCAACACCAUGCCCUUCUCCUCCUACAUCGCCGCCUCCGGUGACACCCUCUUCCACCCCCUCUCCUCCUCCUCCCAUCUCCCCUCCUUCUUCAACCCUUUCCCAACCACUCCAACAACUCCACCACCUCCGCCUCCCACCGCCACCACCCCUCGCACCUCCAAGAAGCGAUCUCGCCCCUCCCGGCGACCCCCGACCACCGUCCUUGCUACCGACACCUCCAAUUUCCGCUCCAUGGUCCAGGUCUUCACCGGCAUCCCCUCCCCUCCCCUGUCUUCCUCUUUUCCCCUGCACUCCCGCCUCAAUUUCUCUCCCCCGAUCCUUCUCCAACCCUUCUCCCCAACCCUCCGAACCACGGAUUCAUUUGCCCUAACUUCAUCGAUCCCUCCCAUCUACCAAAUUCCGACUUCUGUGUUCCAAUCCAUCCCGCCAUUCGCUUCGCAGGAGUUUGGGGUGAGCAGGGGAGUCGACGGCUUCGUCGCUAGGGCUGGAUUGGGGGAAGUGGAUGAAGAUUUCGGCGAGGAGAAGCGAUUGGAGAGCCUGCGAUCGGCUUGCAGGGGAGGUAUGUUGGAUUCCUGGAGUUGUUCUUCGGAUUAGUGGAAUUAGAUUGUUGAUCAAGCAUGAGAGCGAAACGGAGGGAAAGUUGUUCUGUAAUUUGUGCCUAGAAAAAAUAUUACCUCAGGAGUAUACAAUGGUGGGGUGUCAUGUGGCGUCACAGUGAGAUUAUUGCAUACGUGACACCCAAUCUAUUGGAAUACUGAUGCAUCAGAACUCCUGAGAUAAUAUUUUUUUAAAAGGAUGGCUUUGUGUGGCAUUUUGAUCGAAUCAAUUUUAACUCUCUAUCUUUCGAUUCACUGCAAUUUGCACGGUAAUUUUGGUGUAAUUAUUUUUCAGAGAUAGA